CGGCCGCGCGCCGCCAUGCUACGCCGAGCGUUGCACGCCGGCCUGAGCGGCGGCUUCCGCGCACUCGGCCGCUUCGUGGCCAGCCAGCCGGUGUUGUUCGCCUCGGCGCCGGUGCUGCUCGCCGUGCUGCUGGGCGCCAGCUUCAGCCGCUACCGCGUGGAGGAGGACGUGCAGAGCCUGCUGGCGCCCAAGCACAGCCUGGCCAAGAUCGAGGGCAACCUGGUGGACAGCCUCUUCCCCAUCAACCACUCCAAGCACGCUCUCUACUCGGACCUGCAGACGCCCGGACGCUACGGCCGCGUCAUCGUCACCGCCCGGCGGGGGAGCGUGCUGGAGCCGCCGCAUCUGGACACCGUGCUCAAGCUGCACAGGCUCAUCUACCGGAUGCAGGUGACGGUGCCCCCGAGCGGCCCGAACAGCUUCAACUACUCCUUCUCGCACCUGUGUCUCCCUGACGACAAGAACGCGUGUAUCGUGGACGACAUCAUCCGCGCCAUGGAGGACAUCCGGUCGGCCCGGGCCGCCAACCGCUCGGCGCCCGUCCUGCGCUACCCCAUCACGCAGCUGGCGGACGGGCGCCGGGCCUACGUCGGCCACCAGCUGGGCGGCGUGCAAAGCUGGGCCCCCGACGGCGGGACGCGGGGGCCGCGGGGCGAGGGUGUUCGCUCGGCGCGGGCGGUCCAGCUGACCUACUACCUGCAGGCGCGCGGCGGCCUCAUGGAGGGCGUGGCCGGCCAAUGGGAGAAGGCCUUCUACAGCCGGCUGCGGGAGUUUGCGGCGCUCCACCCUCAGCUGGGCUUCUACCCGGCCACGUCGUCGUCCCUCAGGACCGACUUCCAGCUGUCCUCUGUGCUGGCGCGACGCCCCCUGUUGGCCGGCUUGGGGCUGUGCGGCGCACUGGCCGUCCUGUGCUGCUCCAUGCGGGACUGCGUCCGCUCCAAGCCGUGGUUGGGCGCGCUGGCCUUGCUGUCCGUCACGCUGGCGGGGCUGACGGCGGCGGGCAUUCUCAACCUGAGCGGCUCCACCUACAACUCCACCUACCUGGGCAUACCUUUUGUCAUGCUGGGUCACGGACUGUUCGGCUCCUUCGAAAUGCUGUCGUCCUGGCGCCGUACGCGUGAGGACCAGCACGUAAAGGAGCGCGUGGCGAGCGUCUUCGAGGACGUCAUGCUGCGCUUCUCGGGCUCCACGGCGCUCCACCUGUUGACUUUGGGCCUGGCCGCCUCGCCCCUCACCAACAUGGAGGCGGUCCGCCUCUUCUGUCGCGCCGCAGCGCUGGCCGUGGCCGUCAGCUACGCCUACGUGCUGUCCUUCUACAGCUCCUGCCUGGUCUUCACCGGCUACCUGGAGACGGGCUACAGGCACGGCUGCUUUUGCCGACGAGUGCCCAAACAGGAGCGGCUGGAAUCCAAGCCGGCCUGGUACCGAUGCCUGAUGUACACCCGCUACCAGGACGAGGCGCAGACCACCACGGGGACGCCCCACGCGCCUCGCCCGGCCGAACUGGCGCACACGCGCACUUACGUCCGCCCACACGCGGCCGCCGACCACCUGACGAGCGUGCCCGGCCACGCCAAUGCCUCGGACUCCCGUCCCCAGGACUCGCACCUUCUGCUGGGCUGCGUGAGGCGUUGCUACGGAGACUGGAUCACCAAUACCUAUGUCAAGCCCUUUGUGGUGCUGCUCUACCUGGUCUACAUCUCCUUUGGACUCAUGGGCUUCCUGCAGGUGGCCCAGGGCUCGGACCCCAGCGGCCUGGUCGCCAUGGACACGGCCACGGUGUCGUACACCCGCGCCCAGCAGCGCUACUUCAGCUCCUACUCGCCCGUCAUCGGUUUCUACAUCUACGAGAGCGCCCCCUACUGGAACGCCUCGGUGCAGCGUGAUCUGCUAGAGUACGCCAAAGGCUUCCAGCGCAUCAGCUGGCUGGAGGCCUACCUGGCCUACCUGUCCGAGCGCAACCGCUCCACCAGCUUGCCUCGGGACAACUUCACCCGCACUCUCCGCCUGGACUUCCUGCGCGAGCCUCAGUUCGCCCACUUCGCCGACGACAUCAUCUUCGCCGAGCGGGGCCCCGGCGAGGAGCCCGACGUGGCGGCUUCGCGCAUCUUCCUGGUGGCCAAGACCACGGAGAACAAGCGCGAGGAGAUGUCGGUGCUGCUGGACACGCUGCGCCGCCUGUCGCUCACCUCCCGCGUGCGCUUCCUCAUCUUCAAUCCGUCCUUCGUGUACCUGGACCGCUACGCCGCCGCCGUCAGCUCGCCGCUGCGUCACUCGCUCCUGGCCGUCCUCUUCCUGUUGGGUCUGUCCUCCCUGGCCGUGGUGGAGCCCUUAGUGUCCGUGUGGCUGGGGCUCACCCUGCUCUCGGUGCAGUUCGGCGUCCUGGGAUUCAUGACCCUGUGGGGCGUGGAACUGGACUGCGUGUCGGUGUUGUGUCUGAUCCUGGCGUUGGGCCACGCCGCCGACUGCAGCGCGCCGCUCCUGUCCGGCUUCGCAGCCGGCCGGGGUGACAGCAGGACCCGCUGGGUGAGGGUGGCGCUGGAGCGGCACGGCGUACCCUCGCUGCAGGCCUUCCUGUGCUACGGCGCCGCCCUAGCGCCCGUGGGCUCGGUGCGCUCCAACCUGACGCGCACGCUCUUCCGCUGCCUGGCGCUGACGGCCGGGUGCUCCGCCUUGCACGCGCUGGCCUUCCUGCCCACCCUGCUCACCUUCCUGCCGCCGUCCAAGAGCCGAGCCCGCCGGCCCGACGGCGGGGACGACCCCCGGCAGGAGGUUGAGUGCGUGGAGAUGAACGACGGCACUCGAGUGGUCGACCAAAUCACGACGGUCUGACCACGGGGGUACGGAAAGAAGUUUUAGAGCAUUUAUUCCAUCGCCUCGAGAUCCAUCUUAAGAGCCAAGGACUAGUACAUUCUUUGUCCUCACUAGUAAGACAAUUAAGCGUACUAGUAGGAUGUCUGUGUAGGUUCUCAGUCAUCCAGGUGAUGGUCAUCCAGGCGAUGGUAAUCCACUGAGCGUGAAUCAAUUUUUGGUUGCAGGCGUUUCGACCGCUGCACAGACGUAUGGCGCAACAUCGGCGGGCGGCUUCUUUGGGUCCUGAAUCAGAAGGGACAUUCAUUCGAGGCCAAAUUCUGGGUAGGGACGAGCGCUAGGCGUAAAAGAAGCCAUCUACUGUAUGUCAAACUCGAAAAGGCGUCACCGCUCGUCUGCCUCUAAACAACGUCCUGACAUCUCUCAUUCAACGGGAAGACUGGCCCAAACGAGCUGACGAGCGAUCGACCGAUUGGUAUGCAGAACAGUCGUUUCACCUACUACAUCCGGCAAAAAGAACAAAAUCGACUCCACACGUUAAAUAAAUACUACUACUAUGGGGAAACUACAAAGAACAAUGAUGUAAACAAUAAACACGUAAUUCCUGCCCAGCAUGCCUGGUGGGGUUUUGUCAAUAAAUAGUUGGGGCAAAAGGAGGGGGUCUCACACAGGGCGCCAUUUAAGACGGGACAGCCACUGGUCGCUAGUGACAUGCAGUCGUCCUACUAGUGAGGACAAGGAGUGUACUAGUACAUGGACCAUGACCUGGAUCUCAAGAAAAUGGAACAAAUGCUCAGUGUUUUCGGUGUCGGACUCUCCAACCCGCUGGUUGCCAUGGAGACUGCCGUGUGGGAACAUUCACUGGGAGGUGAGCGCGUGGUGGGAAAAACGGAGAGAAAAAAGGUUCAGCAAAUGCACAUUUUAUCACGGAGGAGGAGUGAGGAGCGAGAUGUAGCGUUUCCAUGGCAACGGGCUCGUUGCGCCGCAGCCCAAAACGACCGAAGAGCCGAUCUCGGGCUUUCGGGUGCACUAAAACGGAUGUUGCCAAAUGUUUGCACAGCACGCGAAGUGGACAAAAGUACUGGGACACACCUCAUCAUCAAUCAGUCAGUCAACUCAUAAGAGCCCGUUAUCUUAAUUGAUCAUCAUUUAUUCAGUGCACGCUGACCUCACAAAUGGACACAAAAUUGUUGUAGCACGAGUUUUCACUUCCUGCGGGUGUCCUGAUACUUUUGUCCU